GGGAUCACGGUGAUUUGCCACUUUGACAAAUCGCAUUGCUCACAAUAAAGAGUCCUUUCGAGACCCUGCCUAUACAUACUGGAGCAUCAUUUGUACCAGUUCUAGGGAAACAAGCAGUUGCUGUGCACAGAACACCCAGUGGCCCCGAACGCGUACACACGUCGAGUCAACUGGCCCCAGGCUCGGCCUUCUGUAUUAUCCGCAGACACGCCAAAAGAGUUCUACGAUAAAGCGCCUGGACUGCCGAGUGAAAAUGACAGCCGAGGCGGAGACUCAAAAUGAGUACGAUGAUGGACUGACGGGUCCUGGAGCGCCCACCCCUCUUUCGGCGUUGGAGGGUGUUGGAGGCUUGACUGCUCGAGAUAUUAAACUAUUUCUUGAUGCGGGUUAUUACACUGUUGAAUCUGUUGCGUAUACGUCGAAACGUAUGCUGGAGCAGAUCAAGGGCGUGUCGGAGCAGAAAGCCAAUAAGUUGCUAGUGGAGGUCGCGAAGCUUGUCCCCCUGGGAUUUACCACUGCCACCGAAAUGCACUUGAGGCGAAGCGAACUAAUCUCGAUCACUACCGGCUCCAAGCAACUGGACACGCUUCUUGGAGGAGGAAUCGAGACCGGGUCAAUUACCGAGAUAUUCGGCGAAUUCAGGACCGGUAAAAGUCAGAUCUGCCAUACACUGGCGGUAACUUGCCAGCUGCCUUUCGAUAUGGGUGGAGGUGAAGGAAAGUGUCUUUACAUCGACACAGAAGGGACGUUCCGGCCCGUGCGAUUGUUAGCAGUUGCUCAGCGCUAUGGACUUGUUGGCGAGGAGGUCUUGGAUAAUGUGGCUUAUGCGCGGGCCUACAAUUCUGACCACCAACUUCAGCUCUUGACCCAGGCGUCUCAGAUGAUGUGCGAGACCCGGUUUUCGCUCCUUGUUGUUGACUCCGCCACGUCGUUGUAUCGAACGGAUUUCAAUGGCCGUGGUGAGCUUUCGACGCGCCAAAACCAUCUCGCCAAAUUCCUGCGCACGUUGCAGCGUCUCGCGGACGAGUUUGGUAUCGCCGUCGUCAUCACAAACCAAGUUGUUGCUCAGGUUGAUGGUGGCCCGAGCGCGAUGUUCAACCCGGAUCCGAAGAAACCCAUUGGAGGUAAUAUCAUCGCCCACGCCAGUACGACCAGACUGAGCUUGAAGAAGGGACGAGGCGAGACUCGAGUAUGCAAGAUAUACGAUAGUCCGUGUCUGCCAGAGAGCGAUUGUCUGUUUGCCAUCAACGAGGAUGGGAUCGGAGACCCGAGCCCCAAGGACCUGGAGAAUGAUUGAGCAAUGCGGUGUCUGUAGGUCCUGGCCACGUGAUACGAAAAAUGAUGUUCUUGUUCAGUUGCGUUCAUAGCUUGAUUUUUUUUUUCUUUGUUUUAUUGUGAUAGCAUGGCAUUCUCCUUCAUAAGUAAACAGCUGAAAUGGUAUUAAUUAGAGAUUGUUAGAGCGAACAACUAUAAUCUUUUGAUGUUGA